GUUUUCGUUUUUAUUUUUUUUCCCCUUUUGCCUUGAAGUAACAAAGUUUGACUCGCGGUGAUGUCGAUAUCGUGAGUAAGACGUUUAGAUCAUGUCUGCUGUCACGCAACAUAACAGAAGGCGACGCACCCUCAAAAUGUUCAUACUGAUGUCCGACCACAAAGUUCAAGACCACUUGGAUGGUACCAUCCGGCUGCAGAGGGGGAAUCUGUGCCAGGAGCAGGAGGGAGGAGGAGGAGAACGUGCCGGAAGGGGGGAUUUUUUAUGGGUAAAGGUUAUAGACAACGGCUCUAUGGUGAAGCUCGAUAAGAACUUAUUAAGUGAAAUAACUGCCGAUCAGGCUGGUUUGCUGGAGCCCAUCACUGACCUUGAGUUGCGCUUUAAACUGCUCUCCAAACCUCACCGGCUUGCCAAAUUGUCCACUUUGCCCCUGGGGUCACCUGUCGUUGUGCGAUGUGGCCAGUCAGGAGACCUGGCUGAUGCUGAGCUCCGUUACCGCGGACCAUUGAUGCGAGGAAGCGGCGCAGUAUAUUUUGGGGUCCAACUAAAAGGAUCAGCAGCAGGCAGGGGCAGCAGUAACGGAAGCUACAAAGGCCACCAGCUUUUCACAUGCCCAGAACAGUGCGCCCUUUUUCUCUCAGUCAGCGAUAUCACACCACAUCGAUCCACUCGAGGCAGCAAUUUAGGGGAUAAUGAUCCUCAACAAACUGAAAUAAACAGACCAAACCAGAACAACCAGAGUUCUAGUCACAAUCCAAAUGCAGUUAACGUCUUAGCACGUACGGCGGAAUCGGUGCCAGCAAAUACCUGCUCAUCUCCGCUCCAAGUGGGACAGAGGGUUUACUUCACCCUGGACAAGGUGCCUCAAUGGGGCACUGUGCAGUACUGCGGGUACCUUCCUGGGCGUCAGUCGUCUGGACUGUUUGUGGGAGUUUUGCUGGACAAUCCAGUAGGAACCUGGAAUGGUUACUAUAAAAGCUACAAGCUGUGCUCUAUUCCUUCUCCUGAAUUCGGCCAUCUUAUUCCCAUCUCCAAAGUAGCUGCAGAAACAAGAACAGAGCGUCCAUCUCCUGAAAUCCCUCCGCUUCCUUCCUCCAAAAAUGCCCUUCAGCCUUCCUCUCCCACUCACAGCAAACACCUUACACAGACUACAAUACCCACAAACCCCAGCCACGGCCCUAGACCGCUGAUAGAGCCUUCCAUGCUCGCCAUGGCUAAAUCUGCUUUACAACCUCCGACUUCUUCAACAGUUACAAAAGUCAUUUUAAAACCUCCUCCUGUCCCGAUCGUCAAAUCCGCCCUUAGACCACCUCCCGUUCCACCUAAUAAGCCACAAGCCCAGCCCCUUUCACCAACCACUGACCAGUUACACACUUCAAAUGGAUUUCACGAUCCACCCUCUCCACUGAUUCCAGAGAAACCAGAGGCUAGAGCGUGGUUAGAGGUCGGCUCCAUGGUCGAGGUUAAUGACCCACCUCUUUAUGGAGUCAUUCGGUGGAUUGGAUUCAUCAGCAGUAUUUCAGAACCAGUGGCUGGCAUCGAACUGGACCAGGAGUUGACUGCUGCCACUGACGGAAGUUACCUCGGCGAGCGUCAUUUCCGUUGCCCCGCUAACAAGGGUCUGUUUAUCAAACUGCGUAACUGUAAGCGAGACUCCAGAUUUCCUAUCCCUGAAGCACAGAUCGAUCAGGUGGAGCGCUGCAAUUCAAUCGCCUUUGCAGAAUGGGGCAGUAAGCGUGUAGAGGAGAAUACACCACCACUGUUGGGUCAAGAGGCUCGGCAUUUGUAUGAAGGCUUUAAGAAAGGCAUUCAGGGCCAUCUCAACUCCUGCUACCUGGAUGCAUCACUCUUCAGUCUGUUCUCAUGCUGCAGUUCAGUCGACUGGGUUUUGUUUUGGCCCUGCAACGAAGAUGGCCACCGAAGCAAAGAUGCUCAGGAGCUACUGCGCUGUGAAAUUGUCAAUCCUUUGCGCAGGUUUGGAUACGUGUGUGCCAGUAAGACUAUGGCGUUGCGGAAGCUUCUGGAAGCUGAGACCACAGACACAGGCUUUACGAAUGAAGAGAAAGAUCCUGAAGAAUUCCUCAACAAGCUUUUCCAGCUCCUCCGGGUGGAACCACUUCUUAAGAUUAGAUCUUCAAGCCAGGAGCCGCAGGAAUGCCACAUUUAUCAGCUUUUCCCUCCCACGCUCCCCUGUCCGUCCUCGCCUAUCCGUUCUCCGCUCUCACCCUCUUUCUCUCCCUCUUUCUCCCCAAUCCCUCUGUCCUCACAGUCAGUCGGACUCAUGAGGGUUGCCAGUGUCCAGACACUGCUGGAAUCGUCCUUCAUGCAUUCUGGACUUAAAUUUACAGAGGCUCCAUCGUGUCUUCCCCUGCUCAUGCCACGCUUUGGUAAAGAGUUCAAGAUGUUUGAUGCCAUUCUGCCGUCCCUCACACUCGACAUCACCGACCUUCUGGACGAGACACUUCGACAGUGUAGUAUCUGUCAGUCGGUGGCAGAGUGGGAGUGUUCUCAGUGUUAUGAGGAUCUGGACAUCACACCUGGCCAGUUAAAACAGUACUGCAACACCUGCAAUGCACAAGUUCAUGCUCACAAGAAGCGCCAGACGCACAAACCAGUCAAGGUCAGAAUGCCGAAGGGUACGUGGGAGGGUCCGGUUCAUGGAGCUCGCCAGCAGUUGACGCUCUUUGCCGUGACAUGUAUCGAGACCAGUCACUACGUGAGCUUCGUCAAGCACGGACCCCAGCUCACCGACUGGCUCUUCUUCGACAGCAUGGCUGAUAGAGAGGGAGGCGAAAACGGAUUCAACGUGCCACAGGUGAGGGCGUGUCCCGAGGUGGGACGCUACCUGAGCCUGUCGGAGGUCGAGCUUAGCCGCUUGGACUCCACCUUCCUGAAAGAGCCAGUGAGACGAUUACUCUGCGAUGCCUACAUGUGUCUUUAUCACUGUCCUGAACUCAGCCUGUAUAAGUGAAGUGAGAGAGAGCUAGCAGUGAAGCUAUAGUCCUGACGCACCAGCUACGAAACUUCAGUUACGCGUGAAUCUUCUUUCGGUGUGUCACAUGACCGAAAAAGGACGAACUGAUCGAAGGGGUAGAAACAGUAGAGACUGACAGUGGAAGGAUUUCGAACACUACAAGUCCUGCAAAUUGCGACUAAUGCUGUCUGUUUUUUCACCCCCAUCCAUUAAUACAGUGCUGUAAAAAAGUAUUUUCCCCCUGCCUAAAAGAUUUUUUUUUCUGUCUUAAAUGCUUUAAUGGUUGGGGUCAUGAAACAAAUUUUAAUAUUACACAAUAAUAGGCUGAGUAAUUACAAAAUGCAGUGGUUAUUCGAUGAAACGAUAAACGCUAUCUAAACCUACCUUCUGGAUUCUUUUGAAGACGAGUCCUGGAUGAGUCAUUGUUGUGCUUUUGGAGUAAUUUUGUUAGACCGCCUAUUAAUGGGGAGGUUCACCACUGUUUAAAGUUUUUUCCAUUUCUGGCUCAAAUCGUGAUUCACUGGAAUCCUAAAGCCUUAGAAAUGGCUUUGUAACCCUUUCCAGACUGAUACAUGUCAAUUACUUUGUUUCACAUCUAUUCUUGAAUUUAUUUGGAUCAUGUUGCUUUUGGGAUUUUUUAGCACUUCAGACAUGUUCCAUUUAAGUGAUUUCUUUAAUCAACAGAUCUGGCGGUAAUCAGGCCUGGGUGUGGCAAGUAAAAUUAAAUAGCUUUCCAAAAAUCACAGUUAGUUGAUGAUUUAGCAGGUACUUUUUCACAUAGAGUAAGAGAGGUUUGGACAGCUGUUCUGCCUCAAUAAAUGAAAUCAUCAUUUAAAAGCUGCAUUUUGUAUUUACUCAGGUAAUUUUUGUUUAAUAUUAAAAUCUGUUUGAUGAUCUGAAUUAUUUAAGUGUGACUAAUAUAUUUUAAAAAAUGUUAAACAUUGUCAAAGCACUGUAUAUAAGAAACUUUUUACUGCCAGUGUAUGUUUAAAGUCUCCCUGUUCGUCAGUUCACAUCUGUCUGAUCAGGACAUGUGUGUUUUAUUACACUGCUUCUGUCAGCAUUCAGACUGGCUCACAUUCCACUUUUUUCAGUCAUAUUGAAAUCUGUACCAGAUCUGGAAAUAAUGUAACUGACACUCAGACGUCUUCCCUGAAAGUGUUGUACAUAUUUUAUUUGGAAAGAGAAUACUGAUGUAUAUAGCAUAUAACUGAUGGGCAUAAAAUCUACAGUCCUUUUCAAACAUGUCUCUUGUUUUCCUUUAGACAGGUUUAAAAACAGUAGCAUUAUUAUCCAUUAACUUUACAAUGACAAUAAGAUAGAUCAGUGAAUAAUUUUACACCUAUUGUUUGCCUGAAAAGUAAUUAAGGCGUGUAAAGCAUAUUCAAGGUUAUGCACCUUAAGAUGCAGAUGUGGACGCAGAAGGUUUUUUUUAUAUACUUUAUGCAUUUAAACUUUUCUUAAUUUAUAAUUGGUAUAUAUUAUACCAAUACAUAUGCAGCUUCUGGUGUUUUUUGUGUAAAUUAGAUUUUUUUUAUAUAAUUUUCUUUUUUUUUAAUGAGCAAAGUUAAACUGAUAAACCCAACUGGCAUUUUGUAUGAUGCAUGAGAUGCAGGGUUAUGUGUGUCAAAUAUAAGUACGUUUUAAAUGUUCGUUUCCUUGCAAAAGUAUUCACUCUGCUUGAACUUUUACACAUUUUUCAUGUUACAACCACAAAUGUAUUUUAUUGGGAUUGUAUGUAAUUCAUCAACACAAAGUGGCACAUAAUUGUGAAGUGAAAUGAAAAUAAUAAAUGGUUUUUAGACUUUUUUUUUACAAAGAAAAAUCUAAAAAGUAUGGCAUGUAUUUGUAUUCAGCCCCAUUUACUCUGAUAC